AUGUUGCAAAAGACCGAUUGGGUUAUCCAGAAAUUUGGUGGUACUUCUGUUGGUAAGUUUCCUACUCAGAUUGUCGAUGAAAUUAUCAAAUUCUAUUCUCAAGUAUUAAACAAUAACGUUGCUGUUGUAUGUUCUGCACGUUCAUCAUAUACUAAAGCUGAAGGUACUACUUCAAGAUUAUUAAAAUGUUGUGAUUUGGCUUCACAAGAAUCUGAAUUUCAUGAUGUCAUCGAAGUUAUAUCUCAGGAUCACAUUGAUAAUGCUGAAAGAUUUAUUCAAAACCCUGUUCUACAAACUAAUUUGAUCGAAGAUACAAAAAACGAAUUGGAUCUAAUAGCUAAAUAUUUAGAGGCUUCGAAAGUUUUAGGUGAAGUAUCUACUAGAACCAUCGAUUUAGUAAUGUCUGUCGGUGAGAAACUAAGUUGUUUGUUCAUGACUGCAUUAUGUAAUGACCGUGGUAUUAAAGCUAAAUAUAUUGAUUUAUCUCAUAUUAUUCCAUCUGAUUAUAAUGUCACCAUAUUAGAUAACUCGUUCUAUACAUUUUUGGUUCAAGCUUUGAAGGAUAAACUACAACCAAUUGUCACUAAUAAUAUUACACAUCCUGAUGACAAGAUUGUCCCUGUCAUUACAGGGUUUUUCGGUUUAGUACCGAUGGGUCUAUUGAAUGGUGUUGGUCGUGGUUAUACCGAUUUAUGUGCCGCUUUAGUCGCUGUCGCUAUCAAUGCCGAUGAAUUGCAAGUUUGGAAGGAAGUCGAUGGUAUCUUUACAGCAGAUCCAAGAAAAGUUCCAGACGCCAGAUUGUUAGCCUCGGUUACUCCAGAAGAAGCAUCAGAAUUGACUUAUUAUGGUUCUGAGGUUAUUCAUCCAUUUACAAUGGAACAAGUCAUUCAGGCUCAAAUUCCAAUUAGAAUUAAAAAUGUUCAGAAUCCAAAGGGUGAUGGUACUAUUAUCUACCCAGAUAAUAUUGCAAAGAGAGGUGAAUUGACUCCACCUCAUCCACCUGAAGCUUUGUCUUCCUCUUUCUUUGAAAAGAAGAGAAGAGGUGCCACUGCGAUCACUACAAAGAAUGACAUUGUAGUGUUGAAUAUACAUUCCAAUAAGAAGACAUUAUCACAUGGGUUUUUGGCUCAAAUCUUCACUAUAUUGGAUAAGUUUAAGUUGGUGGUCGAUUUGAUCUCCACAUCUGAAGUCCAUGUCUCAAUGGCUUUGCCAAUCCCAGAUAACGAUUCCCUGAAGGACCUAAGAAAAGCGGUAGAACAACUGAAGGCAUUAGGUACCGUUGAUAUUAUAAAAAAGAUGGCUAUUGUCUCAUUGGUUGGUAAACAAAUGAAACAAUUUAUUGGUAUCGCUGGUACUAUGUUCACUACAUUGGCUGAACAAGGUAUCAAUAUUGAGAUGAUUUCUCAAGGUGCUAACGAGAUAAAUAUUUCUUGUGUCAUUGAUGAAGAAGAUUCCAUUAAGGCCUUACAAUCUAUCCAUGCUAAGUUAUUGGACGAAAGGAAACAAAUUGAAUUGGAACACUCUCAGAGUACAGCAUCUUUCGAACACGCCGUUGAUGAAAGACUAGAACAAAUUAAGAGAUUGAAUUUAUAG